GACUCUUGAUGACUGCGUGAUUUUUAAAAAAAUUUUUUUUUUUGAAUAAACUUUAGCCACACAAAAAAUAUAAAAAUACAAACAUAGGGUGAAUGGUUCACAUAGAUUUCGCACACUUACACUAAAAAUGAGUAAAUAAACAAAAUUAAAAAUAAUAAUUAAAACAAAAUUAAAACAAAAAAUUCAAUAAAAGGGUCUGGCUUUUAUUUAUUUAUUUUUUUCCCCAACUGAUUUAUUUCCUUUUUGUCCUGACUUCAAUCAUGUCGUCAUAAAAGACGACAACGAGUGGAUGACGUAACUAGCCGGUGUCCGUGGGGGGAGGCGCGUGGUGAGGGGAAGGGGGAGUCCUAAAGUGGGGGGAGGUGCUUCAUCACCCCCCAUGCUUUCCGUGUGCGUGACAGUCUGAGUUGACCAGCCACACACAAACACACACUGGAUUUAAUAUGACUAUUAAUGGGAUUAUUAAGAAUGGGAUUAUAACCAGUGGAUCUAAAUUGGACUGCUAACCGAAAACGAGGCUGUUGGACUUCUUUUUCUUCAUCUUCUUUUUUCUGCUUGUACUUUUUGGACUUUUAUCCCACAGCAACGGUGGUCCUCCAGUCAAAAUUCCAAGAUCCCCCAGCCCCUCCCCAGCCGUUCCCUUGUUGGCUGGGAAGAGCGUGAGAGCGAGCCAGCGAGGCAACGUCGUGGGAGAGCAAAAUGAUCCAAACGGCGCUCCUCGCCGCCGUCCUUAUGCUCACGCGCUCGUCCUACGCUCACUACUACGGGAGGAGGGUGUGCGGCGGCCGGUACCCGCACGUUGUCAUGACGACCGAGUCAUACGUCCUCCCGCUGCACACACCUUACAUGGCCGUGUGUCAGGGUCACCGCCUCUGUAGCACUUACAAGACGGCGUACAGGGUGGCGUACCGCCAGGUGAGCAGAGUGUCGUCUUUUUCCAACUCCUACCCUGAAUGUUGUCCGGGAUGGCGCAGUUUUCACUCGCUUAAUUGCAACCAAGAUGUGGACGAGUGCCUGGGCGGGCAUCCGUGUGCUCACCUGUGCGUCAACACGCCCGGGAGUUUCCGAUGCCUGUGCCGCUCAGGCUUCGUCCUGGGUGAGGACGCCCGCACCUGCCAGCUUCUCGCCGCUCCAACGCCAUCGUCAGGUAAUUGGAGGCGUCGUUCCCGGGAAUGUGACGGAGGAAGUGCAGAGCCUGAAGAACAGAGUGGAACUUCUGGAGAAGAAGCUGCAAAUGGCGCUGGCGCCGUACAGCAGCGAUUUCCAGGAGGAAGGCACAUCGGAGAACAGCGCCACCUUGCUGUCGCACUCCUUCCGCCAGCUGGACCGCAUCGACUCUCUGAGCGAGCAGAUCGGAUUCCUGGAGGAACGUUUGGGAAGCUGUUCUUGCCAAGAAAACUAGCAAAAAAAAGCGAUAACCAACAUGGCCGACCCAUGCACACAUCAAGACUGUACUCACCAGGUUGUCGAACGCAGUUGUCGCACACGUCCGCUGUAAAAGGACAUCUAUUUUGUUUGUUUGUAUUUUUGUCUUUUACUCAUUGACUGCCAUUGACAGCAAAAGACGUCCAAUUCAUUUGGACUGCAAGAGUACUCCUCUCAGUUCAAAUGGAUUAGGACGUCUAUUGCCGUCAAUGGCAGAGAAACGUGAUCACCCAUGGCGAUAUUCUUAUUGAAAUCGUGUUUUGAAAUGUUUUGUGACUUUUUGUAAUAAAAGUACUCCAUGUCAAAGUGAACAAAACCUGUCAGUAAUAUCGCCAUGAAAAAAAAAAAAACAAAUAAUUUGCAAGGCAUUCACAUUUACCCCAUUUUUUAAACACAGCAUCAUUUUUUUAACACAGCAUCAUCUUCAGCCAGAAUACUGAACCUCCCAUGAAGUUGGCCCCCAGUCAGACGCAAAUUUAUAUGUAAAAGAAAAAGUAAAUUAUUUGUGCUACUGCUAUUGUUUGUGCUGCUAUCAUUUUUAAGAUUUUUACAAUUCUUUUUUAGAUCAACCAGCCCCCUCAUUUUAAUUGAAAAUGGCUAAAAAUAGUGUCAAUCGUUUAUGCUUCGUUUGUGCAGUAAAAUUUUAUGUUUGUGCUAUCGUUUUAUAGAUAUUGAGAUAUUAAUUUCGAGAGAUGGCGUCCAUCACAGCCCCUCCCUCGCUGCUGACAAAGUGUACCAACUCUCACACUCACUCUGCACGUGACGUCGUCACUCGAAAUUAAUAUCGCAAAAACGAUAGCAGCACAAACGAAGCAUAAACGAUUCACACCAUUUUUAAUCAAAAUGGGGGACUGGUUGACCCCAGAUUGACCUAUAAAAGAAUUGUAAAUACCAUAAUUUUCGGACUAUAAGGCACACCUGAGUUUAAGCCGCCACCCACCAAAUUAGACAUGAAAACAGCAUUUGCUCAUAGCUAAGCAGCACUGGACUAUGAGCCGCAGAUGUCCUCACUGUAUUAUGGGAUAUUUACACCAAAAGAUAUUAACCGGUAACACUUCAUUUGACAGCGGCAUCAUAAGACUGUCAUAACACCAAAUGAACCACCUUGAAGCUUUGGCCCAAUUGGCUGCAAAGCUUCAUUGCUUCAAGAAGCUACAUUUGGCCAUCACUGUUCCCCUUGAGGGAGACGGUCAACCUCUGAUGCCAGCUGCUCUUAACACUGUUGUCGUCCAACAUGCCUCCUAGUAUGCAUUGCAACGCUACAGUAAAUAAUGGAUGUCAUUUUGCAUCAUCCAGCUAAUUAUCUUACUCUAGAAUGGAUGUAAAAGACCCCAGCUGGACAUAAAUGGAGUUUGUUGCAUAAUUUGCCGCAUGACACAAUCACAUCUGUCAUAAGCAUUCAUUAAUGCCCAUGACACUGUUGUCAUAAUUAUGGUCUUAUGGUGACGUUGCUAUCAAAUAAAGUAUUACCUAUCAACACAAAUAAAUCCGCUAAUAAACCACACUGGACUAUAAACCACAGAAUUCAAAAGGAAGGGGAAAAGUAGCGGCUUAUCGUCCCAAAAUUACGGUAUCUUAAAAACAAGAGAAGGCAGCACAAACAAAACUUUUCACCACACAACAAGCACAAACGUAGCACAAACGAUUGACAUCAGUUUUAUACAAAUUUGAACUUCACGGAGGUGAAUAACCAGAAUGGGGUAGGGGCCUAGGACCACACGCACGCACACACUACAUGGUAUAUGCUUAUCCAGUCUUUAAUGGCUUUGGUGAAAAUUAUUAAGAAAAAAAAAAGAAUAAAAACAAUCAUUUCAGAUUUUUCCCCCCAGAAUUGUUCCUUAAUUUCUUUUAAGGAUGUGUAACUGACAUUCAAAACACCAGAGAUUUGACAAAACAAUAGAGUGUGGUACAUUACAUUUCUGAAGCAAGAUCUUUUCAGUUUUUUUCCCUCCUACAAUAGUAUCAGAAUAAAGUCAUAUUUUUAAGUAAUCAUAUUUUAGUUGUUAUUUGUGGAGAACAAGACAAAAAAAUAAAAUUCUCACGUCAGGUAAAUGGCAUUUCUCCCCUCCAAAAUAAUAAACUGAUUCAUAAGUUACUCCUACAUUAACAUAUGCGCGAAAGAAACGAAUACAGGCGUCACCCGUCAAACCAGCUAUCUUGAACAUUGAAUCAAUAGACGAUCGCUUGCUGCCACGUUAGCGCACUGUGCAAUGACGUCAGCCCACUUUAACAGCAACCCCCCACCCAAAAAAAAAAGACAAAAAAACACAAGAAAGAAAAAUGAGAUGUUAAAUUGCAGUUAGCAUCUCGGAUGCUUUAUCCCAAAUGCUGAGGUAUACUCGCAAAAUACAACAUAAGGCCUAAAUUUAUUCAAUUCAAAAUGGCGAUGCAGUCACAAAGCGAAAAUGUUAGGUUGACAUUUAGGAUGCUAAACAAGUCAAAUGUUUUUGGUCGCCGUGAGUCAAGAAACAAGACUGUGGUGAUGAAUUUGUUUCAGUGGCAUUGACGGCGAUAGACGUCCCAUAUCUUCGAACAAGGAGGGCUUGCAGCGAUCCUUGUUCGUAUGGAUUGGACGUCUAUUGCAGUCAUUGGGCAGCCAAUGAGUUAAGAAGUGUAAUUUUAUGAGGAUAAAUUACUUUUUUGACAGAAAAAAAAGUUGACUAUGCAGGUGCUAUAUAUUUGUAUAACAAUUGUGUUGUAUAGCAUUUUAAUUUUCGUUUUACAAAAUGGCAUAUUGAAAUUAUAAUCAUACUGCAUUUUGAUCGAAUUAAAUUCAAUUGUGCUUGACAAAUCGAUAUAUUGAUCAACAUCGAUUAACUGUUACACCGCUAGUGUCAACACACUGCGGUGUGUAUAUGUGUACACAUAUUGAAUCAACUUGCUAAGAAAUCGUAUGUAGACACUACAAAAAGCCUCAAGUGAUAUUUAUAAACUGAUAUAAAGAAACUUAGCUUCAAACAAUCUUUUUUUACAUCAUUUGUAUAAGGACAGACACCACUACCUAAUUGAUGGUAGUAUUGUCAAGUUGACUUGACACCCCCCUCCAAUUGGUGACAAAUGGGAUGGCAAGCCUUUCUUUUAGGGUGGUGGUUGCCACCCUUGUGGAUCCGCCCCUGAAUAUGUAGGUGGAAAAACCCUAUAGAUAAAAAUAUACAGUAUAUAGCAUAUGGUGGAAAAUACAGACAAUACUGAAAAAGCAGUUUCUGCUAUUGCAAUCCAUCUUUAAAAUAAACUGCUGUAUUUUAAAACAAAAGAAGUGUUGUGUUUGAUAGAACAAUAUGUCUAUAUGCUGCCAUAGCAGAUUCAUGGCGCACUAAGCCUCUAAACUGUUUUUGUCAGUUUUACCCUGAAAACCCCCGUUUACAGACGUCGUGCAACCGCUUUGGUUUCAACCUAGCCAUUAAAAAAAAAAUUAUAUUAUUCAAAAUGUCAUUUUUAGCUUAGAAUCGUUAAUCAAUGUCUAAUAUUUAGUAAAAAAAAAAAAAAAAAAAAACUUAAAAAAAAAUAUUCUCGCAUAUUUUAAACUUUUAAACAAAUUACGUCACAGUGAAAAAUUUGGCGUCUGUAAAAAAGUCAUGGAUAUCUACCCUAUAACUAUCGCUUAAUUGUAUGUUUUUUGUUACUGUCGCAUUUCCCCCGAAAUGUUAGAUGAUAAUGGAUCCAAACAAAGAAAAUUUAAAACAAAAACGCAUUUAAAAGGGUAAAUAUAUGAAAAAGAAACUCUCGACCACUCCUUGAUGUCUACAAUUUCUGCAUCGCGACCCUUGUUGUAUUACCAUGUUUCACCCAUUAAAUCCCCCCAAAAAACCAGCUGCGGCCAUUCACAGUUGUGUCUUGACACUCGGUGAUACAUGCUACAUGGAGUUUUUGGAUCGAAGUACGCGAUAACAUCUCGUUAAAAUCGUGGCGUCUUUAAUGAUGGUCUCGCGUGCUCUCGACUCCAGUUAGGGUUUUGCUGUUUAUUUUUUUUUUUUAAAUGCUCUCCUGUUCAAAAUCCCCCCCCCCCCCAAAGAAAAUUGAGAUUUUAAGGUUUCCAAUGAUGUAUAACACAUGCAUAUAGGAUAAUUUUUUAGUUCGGCCAAAUUGGUGGUCUCAGAGCGGAACUUCAAGUCACCUGAAUGUUCUCUGCCAUAUAUAUUUCCCCAAAUUAAACAAAAGGGCAUCUUUUAUCUCAUGAGGCAUAACUGAGAUUUUUAGCAAAAUAAAAUACUUUUGAGAUAGAAAGCUGUAUUUUUCUUUUAAGGAAAAAAACUGAAAUUUAAAUGUUCUAUUCCCCUUUCCAUUUUAAGAAUAACAAUUUCGUUCUCAUAAAAAGCACAAAAUCAGCACAAGUGCAGUCUCGUUUCUUUAUUGUCACUCCACAACAUCAGAGAACUCACUGGCUGCCAUCGACGGAGAUGAACGUCCAAUACAUUUCAGCUCGGAAGGACUGGUAGCAAAUGUUCAUGUCUGUAUUCAAAGUGUUGUGGUAAUUACUUAAAAAAAAGAAAACACUUAACUUAUUGGCUGCCACUGAUGGCAAUAGACAUCCCAUCCAUUUCAAAAUAGAGGGACUUGUAGUAAAUGUUCAUGUUUGUAUUCACAGAGUAUGCGUUGUGAUAGUCAACAAAAGAACAUUUAUAGUGAAAACGCUAACUUAUUGGCUGCCACUUACGGCAUCCAAAGAGUUAAUACUCUCCAUACCUCCACUUCCCGGCAUGUCCGAAGAAAUCAUUGUGUCGAGCGGCCCUCCACCGCGUCCCAGGAUAACCGCAACAAAAAGGCAACAUAAGAAAAAAAAAACUGCAUCCAAAGUGAAAAACGCACAAAGGCAUGCACGAAAAAAACACGCAGGUCCGAAGAGCAGGCCGGCCGGGCGUCCGUCACUCCGCUCGCGGACACGCGAGGGUCGGGACUGCGCCAACCCGGACCCGAACGUGGACCCUUCGCCUCGUUGCGGAAGAGUAACGGAGAGAUAAGUGUCAGCGGGCUCGGAGAGGAGGGGAGACUGAGGUUGAGAAAACGGCAGGCGCUCAGUGCCUGACGGGCCCAUUGGAGCGCGACAAACCCGAGAUGUCCAGGAAGGCCGAGCGCAUGGUGUCGAAGGAUUUGUCAGCGAGGGACGCGACGUCCUCUGACGUCAUGCCCUUGGUUUCGAUCUUUGGGAGGAUCUUCAACCGAAUGGUUCCUGUGCCGCAUUAGGCAAAAAGUACUUGAUUACAGUUACAAAAACAAUCACGUGGGAUUAAACGAAAGAAAAAGUAAUGCUUACCUGAUCUGAAUUGCUUCUCUUUCCGUAGGUAGAAGUUACUGUAAGAGGAGAAGACCACCGGAAUGAUUGGUGCCUGCAAAUAGACAACAAGUCAAAUUGGACAGUAGUGUUCUUUUUUUUAAAUAAAAAAAAACAAAUUAACAACUAAUUAAUAUUGAUUUAAUCUAACUCAACAGACAACAGACUAAAAAUUUUCCACAGUUUAGGGCUUGGCAAAGAUGACUUACCGGUAUAUAAAUUAUUCACAAUUAAUAGCAUGAUAGUCGAUCAUACAUACAAAUUACAAACCAAUAAUCAAUUGAAAAGUAGUAUAUACAGUGGAAGAGGAUGACCCAUAUGGGAUUUUCAAAGGCCGAUUCAGAUUUUAAAAUUGCCGAUGUCUAAAGCCUAUAUUUUUGACGCAAUAAAACUUUUUUAAAAGCACGUUUGAUUAUGAAAGGAAACGUACUUUCUUUUGUAACACUGGCCACGAGGUGGUGCAAAAUCCUAAUUAACAAAGAUCAUCACCCAAACAGUAAAUAUUUUGAACUGCAAUGUUGAAAUGAAACAAACACUCGAGCAAAUCAAGUAACUCCAGUUUAAAAACUGAUCCGAGUAAUUUUAUUAGCCUUAAGGAAUCAUUUAGUUUUGCCAGCUCUGAGCAUCACGAUUUGCCCGGACUACUUUUGAUGCGGGACAACAUGCUGACCCCAUGUGCGUAGAGAAAGAAGCAAUAAUAUUUGUCUGCAGCCGACAGCCGCUACAAACUAUGCCGACGAUGCUAAAAACUACGCCCGCAUGAUGCUACAGUGGUAGCAGGUAGCAUCUGAUGUAGGGCUGUCCCAAACGACUAAUUUCCUCCUAAUUAGUCAGCUGACUAUUUUUACGAUUAGUCGACUAAUCUAAUUUUUUUUUUUUUUUUUCUUCAGUGAUUUAAUAAUGAAAUUUUUGUUGAAGCUUAUUAAUUCACAAAAAACAUUUUGGAACACCUAAAUUCUUUAUUAACGUAUAAAUAAAUAACAAAUAUCAAUAAUAAAUCACAAACAAUGAGGUCAAAUGCUGCUGGCAUUAACUAGUGCAAAAAAAAAAAUAUAAACGGAAACACUGUGACUUCACCUUUUUAACAGGAGUCAAAACAAUUCUUACUCUUUUUGUGGUAUGUGUAUACUGUUCUAAAUGUUAAAAUGAAUUGCAAUGGGACUCAUGUCCCGGACAAUCAUUUUCAGAAUACUUUGUGUGAGUUCAGAUGCUCUUUCUGGUGUGCAUUCCACAUGUUUUGAGGAGGGGAAAAACUGUUCGUUUGUUUUAAACUGAAAAUAGAUAAAGCAGAGGGCACACUGAAAUAUUACAAUUAUUUUGAAUGAAAAACACACAUAGUCAUAGUAACAAAAAUUAAAUAUAUAGUAUUAAUUUUAUAGUCUACUACUAUAAAUAUAUACACAACAAUACUUUAUAACAUAAAGUAACUAACGUUAGUGCAGUCAUGGAUUAUAGUAAGGCCAGUGCUGUGUUUCCAUAUAUAUUUUUAUUAUAUUGUGUAUUUAUAUUUUUUCCCUAAGUGGGAGCUUCCAUGAUCCUAAUAAAUACAAUCUGCAUGCCGUGCACAGAGAUGUCGAGAUCUACAGCUUUCGGGAGCAGCAGCAGAGUAGUUUAGAAAAGUGAAGUACGUGGGGAAAAAACUUAAUGAUGAACGUUGAUACGACGCACAUAAAUGCAACUUCAAUUUUUAAAAAAAUCGUUAGAAAGUUGUAUGGACUUACAAUUCGCUAGCUUGUUGUGUCUUGUUGUCUUCCAAAAUUAUACCUGGGUGACGGCACUUCAAGUGCUCGUUCAUAGCCGACGUGCUACUGUGGUAUGUGGCAAAGAGUACACACAGUGGGACACUGGCACCCAUAAUAAUUCCAGGCUCUGGCCUUUCUGGUCCGCUUAUUUGGCUGUAUGCCGUUUUCACUAUUCUAAACUUUAUCCGCAUGUAAUUUUUUUGUUUUAACCCGUCAUUACCCGUCGACAGUGUGUUUUGUCCGUUGCCGCAUUUACAUCAUUGAUGACGUCAACAACGUCGACUAGUCGGGACAGCUCUAGUCUGAAGCGUCUCAUAGAUAUCACAUGUAUAUAGAACUAGAUGCUAAAUGGAAGACUUUGCUGCGUUGGUAAGGAGCCGCCAUUUUAAAGCAGUAGACUUCUCAACGCUAAUAAAUAAGAUUAACGUUACUGUCCCCUGCACACAUAACGUUAGCCCUGCGGAGGGCUAGAGAUCUAUUAAUUAUGACUACUGUCGAUGCGUGGCUAACUUGUCUUACAUACAGGCUUUAUUUCAUCUGUAAAAAACACAGCGCUGUAGAGUGAUGAGGGUGUAAAAUAAAAACAUAACAAAGCUAACUAUCAAUUUUAGCUGAGUAGUCAUUGCUGGAUAAAACACCAAGUAGCACUGGUCCCUAAUGUGCUCCAAUACAGCAGGUAUCAUACAUUUAUUUUGAACACUGCAAAUACUCAAAAUCCUAUCAGCAUUUACAGUUUAGACUAACUUAAAAGUUAAAACUUAACUAGUACUUUAAAAAAGCUUGACACAAAUGGAAAUUCAAUUGAAACACGUGGGAAAAACCCAUAACUUUUAAGUGAUGUGUGUUAUCAAGUGUAAUGACUUUUUUUAGGUAAAAAAUAAG